AUGUGGUCGUCUACUUCCAGCGUUAUACGCUUGACCGCGGAAAACACUCUGGAAAAGACGACUCUAGGUAAGCCAAAGGUACAAAAGGCUACGUGGUUUUGGAAUGAGGAAGUUCAGGCGGCAAUUCGUGAGAAGAAGUCCAAGUAUAAGCUCUGGUGGAGGACGCGUCAGCCUGAAGAUCGGGGUGCUUACCUAGCGGCGAAGAGGGAGGCUAAGAACGCAGUCUCCAAGGCGAAGUCGGACCGCUACAUGGCUGUGUACGACACGCUUGAUACCAGAGAAGGCGAGCGGGCAGUGUAUCGUUUAGUCAGAGCACGUCAUCGCUCAACGUUGGAUAUGGAGCUCACCAAGAUCGUUAAGGGAGCUGAUGGAGCCGUUCUGCGCCGCUCUGGUCAGAUCCUGGAGAGGUGGCGAGAGUACUACAAUCACUUGUGUAACGAAGAGUUCUGUCAUCCUCCCAUCCCAACCGUUCCCAGCGUCGAGGGUCCUGUUCUACCAACUACUGCCGUCGAAGUCAGUGCUGCCCUCGCAAAAAUGAAGUCGAACAAGGCAACCGGUCCUGAUGACAUACCUGCUGAUAUCUGGAAGCUUCUAGGAGAUCGAGGGUCCAUGUGGCUCGCAACUCUAUUUAACAAGAUCGUUGCAGAAGGACGGACUCCAGACGUUUGGCAAACUUCCGUGACCGUGCCUGUUUGGAAAGGGAAAGGAGACAUUGUUGACUGCACCUCGUACAGACCUAUACGACUGCUGUGCCAUACGAUGAAGGUUUUUGAGCGUGUCCUGGAAGCUCGUCUGAGGAAGAUUGUUAGAGUUUCACUCAACCAGUGCGGCUUUGUGAAGGACUACAGCACUAUAGAUGCUAUCCAUGCUGUCCGAAUCCUCCUGGAGAAACAUCGGAAGAAGAAACGAAAUCUUGCUUUUCUCGAUCUCGAGAAAGCUUUCGACCGUGUCCCACAUGAGCUGUUAUAG